AUGAAUAUCAUCUUCAACUCAUCAUUCCUCUUAAUCUUCUUUAUCUUAAUAUUUCCACUAAUCUCAUCCUUAUCAUAUAAAAAACCUGAUCACAAUUGAGCAUCCCUACAUGCAAAAACAGCCGUAAAAUACUCCUUCUUCAUCAGCCUAAUUCCCCUAUCCAUUUUCCUAGAUCAAGGAAUAGAAUCCAUCUUAACAAAUUGAAACUGAAUAAAUAUUGGACCCUAUGAUAUUAACAUAAGCUUCAAAUUUGAUCUCUACUCAAUUAUCUUCACACCAAUCGCCCUAUACGUCACCUGAUCUAUCCUAGAAUUUGCUUUAUGAUAUAUGCACUCUGAUCCGAACAUUAACCGUUUCUUUAAAUAUCUUCUACUAUUUCUCAUUUCCAUAAUUAUUUUAGUAACAGCCAACAAUAUAUUUCAACUAUUUAUUGGCUGAGAAGGAGUAGGCAUUAUAUCCUUUCUACUAAUCGGCUGAUGAUAUAGCCGAACAGACGCUAACACAGCUGCCUUACAAGCCGUGAUCUACAACCGCGUAGGUGACAUUGGACUCAUCUUAACCAUAGCAUGACUAGCCAUAAAUCUUAAUUCAUGAGAAAUUCAACAACUAUUUAUUUUAUCAAAAGAUAUAGACCUAACAUUACCACUUCUAGGUCUUAUCUUAGCCGCAACUGGUAAAUCAGCACAAUUUGGUCUUCACCCAUGACUCCCUUCUGCCAUAGAAGGUCCAACUCCAGUUUCCGCCUUACUUCAUUCCAGCACAAUAGUAGUAGCCGGCAUUUUCCUCCUUAUUCGCCUCCACCCCCUCAUGCAAAAUAAUCAAAUAGCCCUCACAACCUGCCUAUGUUUAGGAGCAUUAACAACAUUAUUCACUGCCACAUGUGCAUUAACACAAAAUGAUAUUAAAAAAAUCAUUGCCUUCUCAACAUCAAGCCAACUAGGACUAAUAAUAGUCACAAUUGGUCUUAAUCAACCACAACUAGCCUUUCUCCACAUCUGCACUCAUGCAUUCUUUAAAGCUAUACUCUUUCUAUGCUCAGGUUCAAUUAUCCAUAGCCUCAAUGACGAACAAGAUAUCCGAAAAAUAGGAAGUUUACAUAAAAUUCUUCCAUUUACCUCUUCCUCACUAAUCAUUGGAAGCCUAGCCCUUACAGGCAUACCCUUUCUAUCCGGAUUUUUCUCAAAAGAUGCUAUUAUUGAAGCUCUCAACACCUCCCAUUUAAACGCCUGAGCCCUUAUCCUCACCAUCAUCGCCACCUCAUUCACAGCCAUCUACAGCUUUCGCUUAAUUUUCUUUACCCUAAUAAAUUAUCCACGAUUCAAUACAUCUUCCCCAAUUAAUGAAAAUAACCCCCUAAUAAUUAACCCAAUCAAACGUCUUGCUUACGGAAGUAUUAUUGCCGGCCUAAUCAUUACCUCCAAUAUGUUACCAACAAAAACUCAAGUAAUAACCAUACCCCCUUUACUCAAAUUAACAGCCCUUUUAGUAACAAUCUCCGGCUUACUAUUAGCAUUCGAACUAUCCAACCUCACAAACACCCAACUUAAAAUUACCCCAACUCUCAAAUUAUUCUACUUCUCAAAUAUACUAAGCUACUUCCCACAAAUUAUCCACCGUCUUCUUCCAAAAAUUAAUCUAAACUGAGCUCAACACAUCUCUACACAUCUUAUUGACCUAACAUGAUAUGAAAAAAUUGGACCAAAAAGCCCUAUCAUCCAACAAAUCCCAAUAAUCAAAUUAUCAACCAAACCACAGCAAGGACAUAUUAAAACAUACCUUAUACUAUUAUUCUUAACCAUAACUUUAAUAACUAUAUUCUCAUUAACUAACUACACGUAA